AUGGUCAAAGAAUGUUUUACCACCAAUGACCAAAAUUUUGCAGCUAGGCCGAACAUGGAAACCAACCGGCACAUGGUUUAUAAUAAUGUUGGUUUUGCACCGGAAUCAGGACCAUAUUGGCGAGAGAUCCGAAAGUUGUUCAGUUUGGAACUCUUUACAAGUCAUCGUCUUGAAAAAUUUAAGAAUGUUCGUAGCUCAGAAGUGACAAACUUCAUUAACGGGCUCUCCUUGUUUUCCCAAAAGAACGCAAACAAAGCAUCGGUAAUAGACAUGGGCAAGUGGUUUGAGAACAUAACGUUUAAUAUAACUAUUAAAAUCUUAGCCGAGAAGAGAUUCUCUAUCACGGGUAGCAGUGAAGGUAACAACGAAGACUUACGUGUACAUGAAGCCAUAAAGAAAGGGAUGUACCUUAUGGGCAUUUUUAUUGUGUUUGAAUUAUUUUCAUAUCUGGAAUGGAUGGAUAUUGGAGGGUAUAUGAAAGCUAUAAAGCAAGUGGCAAAAGAGGUUGAUGGAGUUAUUGGAAAGUGGCUUGAUGAACAUGUUGAGAGGAGAAAAGAGUAUGAUGGGUGA